GUGUGGAAAUGAGAGGAAGGUUGAAUGCUAUUUUAACUCGAACCGCGAUCGCGACCCACCCGACCUUUCUCCCUUUCCAUUCAGCAGUCCUUUUUCAGUUUUCUCGCCAUAGCGUGAAAAAGUAUGGCUACUUAAAGUCAAAUGCCAGUCUGCAUUACGCGUACCCCCUCGAUUCACUUGUCAUGUUCCGGUUUACUUAACGUUUUCUUUAUUACUUUCCGUUUCGAUUGUUUUGUAAAAGUUUUCUUUCUUUUUUUUACGUUUUUCGACUCUGUUUUAAAUUAUUUUUUCGCGUUUUUUUCUUCGUUUGGUUUGUCGCUCUUUUUUUUUUACCUACUUGUUUCGGUCGUUUGUGUCGUGUGCUUGUUUGUGUGUUGCUUGUAUUUUUACUUGUGUGGAAUUAACAUUAGUUGGGAUUUUUUUUAAAAUUCAGUGCGGUGUUUUUUUUUCUACAUGAAUUGCGAUGUGUUGCAGGCGAUUGUGUUAAUUUUAGUACGAGUUUGCAUCUUGCUACUUCUGGAGUCGAGUUCCUGAAUCCUAGUGAUUGACAAUGAUGUAAAAGAAGUUUAAAAUUUGAUUUCUAUGGAAGCCGUAGAACGCAAUUGCCACGUUACCGAGUAUCUUCGUUUUAAACGCAGAAGAGUACCUAUUCCUGUUUUACCGCCUAGAGUUCCUGUUUGUGUUGAGAAAAAAUUUGGAAUUUCACGCCCAAAUGAAGCCGCAGCACGCCUCCUUUACGAAGACGACGUCGCCGUACAACGACAAACUAACCAAAAUUCGAUACGUGCACAUAAAUCACCGACACAAGUUGCCAAUUCAGCUGAAGCUCCGUCAACCUCGACCACCGCCACCUCGCCAUCAUCAGACGAUAACGAAAGGAAGACGCAGCAGACGGUAGCUGAAAGCGUACUUAAACUAUACGAUCCCCUCGACGACGCAGAAAGGCAGGAGAAAUUAACUGCAACAUCGGAUGCAUCUCGGUGCCGGUCUACUAAUGUAGCCUCGCUUGAUGAAAAUGCACCACCAUCAUCUAGUCAUCUCGUGAAUGGUGUCGCGAACGGCGGCCGUACGUGUAACCGGCCUAAUUCAUUAAACCGCGGUGACGAUGACGCUGACGAGACUCCUCCGCAUUCGAACGCGUUCGCGAUCCAACAGCCAGCCUGCUACGACACGUCCGCGUAUUCAUGCCGGCCAGUACCGAGUUUCGAAAAAUUUUCUUCAAGUGCGGUGAAUUCGACUAGAUUCGCGAUCGAGCCAAUGUACAUGGCUCGUAAAAUCGAUCUAGAUAUGUUGACAAAUGGUGGCGGAGGUGCGGUUGCUCUCGAUACCCGUGGUACUAAAUUCGCUUCGUCGUAUUGUAGAUCUGCCUCGGAACGGUGCCCCAACGAUGCUCUGCUUCACAGUUUGGAUUAUCGAUUUCGAUACGGUUUAUCUAGUCUGGAAAUAUGCUCGAAAUACGCGUCCCGGUCCCGAUCCACCGACAACGGAUUUGCUGCCAAAAGGGAGAAAUACGCAGCGUACAGCGAUCGGAUUACCUAUCAGGCAUCGACAGCGGCUGCCUUUUUUGCCAGAGCGUCUCAGAAGUUAAAGCUGAAUUCGUCGCCACAUAGGAGAAGAAGACGAGGCUCCGGGGCUGAAGAUGGAGCCUCGGCUGGAACCAAAAAUAUCGGCGGGUUUUCCAACCUGCUGCAUCGCAGUCCGCCUCCGGUACCGUCCGCUUUACUUAGGAAGAUCGGUCAAAAAGAAGCCACCGGAAUUGGAAAGGUGAAAGUUAUGCUCAAAGUGUGCGUUGACUCGAGCAGUACCGGAGAAGAUGCCAUCUCGCCUGUUUUCUCGAUGGAUAAGAAACGUAAACAGAUCACCCUUUAUGAGCCUGUUAAUUCUAAUGCUCAUAACGAUACACCGGAGGAAAGAAAAUGCGCUGUGUCUGCUCCGAAAAUGUUCGCCUUUGACGCGUUGUUUUCCGACGAUGAUCCUUUGGUGGAAAUAUGCGGAAAUGCGUUAACCGAUGUUAUUCAUGCUGUGAUUAAUGGAAACGAUGGGUGUAUUUUUUGUUUCGGUAAUGCUAAAUUAGGCAAAACCAAAACAAUGAUCGGAUCAUCGGAAUCAGCAGCCACUCUGGGCGUGAUACCUUGCGCCAUCACGUGGCUCUAUCGCGCGGUCAACGAACAAAAACAGAAAACUGGUGCUAGAUUUUCGGUUCGCGUAUCAGCGGUUGAAAUUACAGCCGCUUCGCAACAAAUCAAAGACCUUCUAACCGAUUACGCUUCGGAUAACGAACAAUCGCCCGGAGUGUACCUCAAAGAUGAUCCAGUUCUGGGAUCAAAUUUACAAAAUAGAAGCGAACUCAGGGCACCGUUACCAGAAAAAGCAGCCUUCUAUUUGGACGCUGCUCAAAACGAACGAUCAACCAGCGAAGAAUCGCAUUUUCUAUUCACGUUGCAUGUUUACCAAUACAAUGUUGCUAAUAAAGGCACAGUGGCCGGUGGUCGAAGUCGACUUUAUUUGAUCGACUUGGCCGGUAACGAUCGCUCCAAAUCGACCGGUUCGUUGUCUGUGUCAAAUCUGGGGAACGUAUUGUUGGCAAUUUUCAACGGCCAAAAGCAUCUACCAAGCAGAGAUCACAAGAUCACGCAAGUGUUGAAAGAAUGUCUGAGCUCGUUAACAUGCCAUGCGGCGAUGAUAGCUCAUGUUUCGCCGUCGGUGCAACAUUACCACGAAACAUUGGCCACGGUACAGAUGGCAUCGCGCAUACACAGGAUAAGAAGACGUAAAAUAAAGUUUAUCGGUGUUUCGAACGGCAUCAACACAACAGUCGACGAAAACGGACGUCUAACCAGCAGCUCGGAUUUCGAUCCAUCCAGCAGCGAGCAAUCAGCUGACACGGUCAUCUACGUCGGCCCCAGCGACGAAACCGAUGGCGAACACCCUCCGGUACACAUUCCAAACCUCAACUCAGCCGAUAACCGUGGCUUGAUCAGUAAAGUGCUUCGCGAAUCCGCCGAAUCCGGUGAAUUUCUACGAUCGAGUUCGAAAAUACCUCAAAUUUCAAAAUCAGUUCCAGCGUCUCCUCAAAAACUCGCCAAAACCGAAACCACUAAGACGGCUUUGAACUUAGCAUCGCGAAAACACCACCUUAAGGCGGGUUUCCAUAGCGCCCAUUCGUCUCCAGUUCGGACCCCGAAGACAUCCUGCGAACCGGUCAAACUGAGCGAAGAAAGGUGGAUCGAUGGUCCUCGUAUCUCCAAGUCUAAAAUAGCCGAAGCGAGAAAUGUACACAUGAUGAAAAAAGAAGGCCAGAAAUCCUCGUCGUGGAGUAAGAAAGAAACCUGGGUCGAUGGACCGAUGAAGAAACCAGUCACCGAACCAGCGUACGGUUUCAUGGAUAGCCAUAAGAAGAACAUGAUUCGAAAAUGGGUCGAAAAUCAAUCCUAUCAAAUGCAAUAUCGAAGUAUGAAAUGCCCCUCGGGUGAAACCGAACAACAAAAUAUACCGCAGUAUAAAAGUCUGACCGUUUUCAAAACCUGUGAUAAUGCUGAAGAGGCCGUCGAUAUGGAUUGUCGAGGGCAAGGCAGUGGACAAGAAGAAGAUGAUAGCGAAGAGCCCAUUAUCAAUGGUCAUAUUAGCGAAGAAACCUAUUGCAAGAGGGCGUAUUUGAUAGAAAAUCAUCAAAGAAUUGAGACCAGAUGUGACGAAAAUGAUCAAGAAGACGAGGAUAUUGAAAUCGAAAUUAUCGAAGUGGAAGAACCAGAGGAACCAGUUCCAAUGCAAGACUCCUGUUUACAGGUUACCGAAGAAGAUAUUGCUCUUUGUAUGGGAAGUCUUGAAAAUCCAUUACCCGAAGUUGAUCAAGAAGAGCAUCCAUUAAGGGUUCUCAGUCAAGAGAACAUGACCGUCGUUUCAACAUUUACUGAUUCCAUGUCAGUUGCUAACGAUUUAGACAGAAUAUUCCCAAGAUCUCGCUGGUAUCUCAAUCAUAAUUCCGUUCAACAAAAAUACUCGUCGAUUCGAGAUAACAUCAAAUUUAAUGAAAAAGAAACCAAAUCAGCUCUAUCUCGACUCGACGAAUCGCAUCACGAGAACAAGUUCAAUAUGAAUUCGUGCUUUUCGAAGCAUUUAAACGGUACCGAUACGCUGCGUGCUGUUUCACGCUGCCAAUCGUUGAUAUUUUCCGAACUGUGCAAUCCAGCUGAGAAUAAUUUACGUAAUACUAACGAUUUUGAGAACAGCAGUAUAGCCAGCGAACCUGCCUAUCUCGCUAACGUUACCGGAAACGAUAGAUUGUGCGAGAAUUGCAAAGUUAGCUUGACAUCAAUACAAUAUGAUUCUCAGCGGAAUACUUAUUGGUCUCAUCAGGACGAUUUGAGUUUAGGAAAGUUGCAAUCAUAUAGGCAUAUGAAAAACAUAAUGAAUUUAAGGCAUCCGGACGGCGCUUCUAACCCAAAUUUACAAGAAAUGGAAGGAAACUCGAAAUUAACCAACGGAAAUGGUAAAACCACCGCCGAAAAUGAUUCGGAAGAAGAGGACGAAUCAGCUGUGCCACUUCCUUUAACCUCGAAAUUAUUAACGCUCAGUCGAGAGGGAUUAGAAAACAGACUUUUCACGAAACACUGUGAUAGUUCAGAAUUUACCAAUGGCACCGUAGACCAAAGAUUCUGUAAUGGGAUAAAAAAGAACGAUUUAUUUUCUCAUAAAGGUCAGUUUUCCAAAGCGAACGUUAAAAAAUUACAAACGUACCGAGUGGAAUUGAAGAAUAAAAAAUAAUCUCGGAAAAGUUUACACAAUCCCGAAUCAAAUCCAGUUCCAGUCGCUAAAAUUACCACGCUUUUGUGUCAUGGCGUGAAUUUACAAAUACAUACUACUAUGUACUUAUGUAUUCGUCAUCGAAAGUUUUUGCUAUUAUAAUACAAUUUGUAUGGAAUAUUUUUCUUAAUUUUUUCCCUCUCUUUCUUAUUUAUAUAUUUUGGUAUAUAUUUUUGUUAUAUUACAUUUUGAUUUUUUUAUGCGCUUGUUAACUUAUUUUUAUUUCUAGGAAUAAAUUUUUUUCCAAUUUU